AUGGCAGGUGUUCUUGUUGGAAAUGCCACUGAAUCCACUCCUGCAGCUACUGGAUCUACUCCUCUUGAUUCCAGUAGUCCUUUCUUUCUCCAUCCAUCAGAUUCACCUAGUAUGACACUAGUCAAUACCACCUUUGAUGGUCGUGGUUUUGCAGGCUGGAGGAGAGCCCUUCUUAUUGCACUCUCAGCUAAGAAUAAACUUGGUUUCAUCAAUGGGAGCUGCAAAUCACCAUCUGUUGAUUCUCCCUCUUUUUCACUUUGGACUCGAUGCAAUGAUAUGGUCACUUCUUGGUUGCUUAAUUCCCUCUCCCAGGAGAUAGCAGCCAGUGUGCUUUACUCAAAAACUGCUGAGAGCCUUUGGACAGAUCUUGAAGAUAGGUUUGGCCAAUCCAAUGGGGCCAAACUCUACCACCUGCAGAAGGAAAUCAGUGACUUAGUGCAAGGUAACAGUGAUAUAGCGAAAGUUAUUUUACAAAGAUAA